GGCUUCACUUCCUCUUUCGCUUCAUGGUGAUAACAUGCUUUUUGCAUUGGGACAAAUUCUCUACUUUUAUCUUAGCUGUGAGUCAUAAACGAAACUCAUGUGAGUCUCUUAACAUAACUGCAACGCUGUUAAAUAAUAAGAUAUUUUACAUUUAAUCAUUACCGGUUACAAGAAUAAUUUCAAACGUCAUGGACUCAGUUGAAGAUCAUGGGCUAGAGAAAUCCGUUUCGCACUUCUGGCGUGAACGUAUGUGUACAGAUGUUGAAUUUGUUGUUGAAAAGGAUGGCAGAUCUACAACAUUUGUAGCUCACAAGACCGUACUGUCCCUUUGGAGUCCAAAAUUUGAAAAGAUGUUCUACAACCCAGAACAAAUCAGUCUGAAUGUCGUCACUGUAAAGGAAUGCGAUCCAUCAGCUUUUGAGGCAAUGCUAAACUUUAUGUAUGGAAGCAAACCAGAAAAAGGAGAUUUUAAAUUCGCCAUUGAAGUCUUCAAAUUAGCUGGUCGAUAUCAAAUAGAUGGUUUAAAGUCUAAGUACAGCAAAAUUAUUAGUUCUUCAUGUCCUUCUAUGGAAAACGUAUUUGAUCUCUUGGAAGCGGCCAAAUAUUUGCAAGCUGAUGGCCAAAUGUUUGCAAACUCCUUGGAAAGUAGAUGUAGGAAAUUGAUGGAGUCAGAAACUAAUAAAAUUCUAAAACUUGUUGAUCCUUGUCGCAUUCCCUCUUUUGUAGUAUCCAUUCUCUUGGAUCUACCACGCUUGAAUUUACCAUCAGAACUUGAUCUAUUAGAAUGGGUUUUUGUUUGGGCCAAGAACUUAUACGUUACAACAGCAAGUUAUUGCAGCAUAAGGGAAGUCCUGGAAGAAUUUUUGCCUCAAUUAAACCUUAUUCAUCUUGAUAGCGAAUCUUUUGCAAAACUUGUAAAAAAACAUAAAGAUAUUUUUACUGAUUCAGAAUGCUUGAGCAUUUUCAUGAAUAUCGCCAUUCCUGGAUCUUGGCCUCUUCCAUCAUGGUGUGAUGCUAACAGACAGCGGCGGGAGAUUGUUCAGAAAUGAAAAGUAAAUCAAACAUCCGCAUUACACAUUUAAGUUUUAUAACAAUGUAAUAAAUCUUUAACAAUUAGCAUUGGAUUUUAUCUUAUUCUAUUUUGUAUUUUGUGCACAAUUUCUAAAAUAUUAAAAAAAAUUGAAAUUUUAAAUCAUUUGUAUUUUAACCUGAAUCUUUAUGCUUCUUUGGAUAAAUUUCUUAAAUUCCAGAUUUUCUUUCGAUAAAAAUAGUAUUGGUUAAA